AUGGUCGAUAAGUCAACUUCUCCGCAUCUAGCGGCUGAUGCGAAACGGACUGCACCUGCAGGUACUAGUCGCGCUCAAAGCAAGUUCACGUCUUCACCUACAAGCAGCCGCUCAACACCUAGCGAUCCUGCUGUUUCCAUUGCCAAAGAACGCAACCCAGCCGAGAACGCCAGUGUCGGUCCCAACGCGGGCCACAACAGCAAAGAAGAUUCCUGCGAGACAGUCACUAAUUCGGACACUGUGGGCCCCACCCCCGUAUCAUCAAACGAUACUUCGCUCAACGCGCAAAAGGCUCGACAUGGACCUCCAUCCAAUGUUACUGCUACCGAUACUACAACCACUGAUACAACGGAAGCAGUCGACAUGAUCCAGCUAGAGAAGGAAAUUUCCAUCGCAUGCGGAGCACUCCAUAAUAACUACACGAAAGUCGUCAUCAAAGAGGAAGUGUUGAAGCUGCAUGUCAAACAGCCUCCAAAGAAAGAUCUUGGUACUAUACUUAGAUCUCGUAACGUCAUACGUAAUUGGGCUCAAGCUGCUCUUGACAGAGGAGAUAGGCAGACUCUGCUUCGACUACAUACCAACGUCCAUAAUCCCCGCGCACUCAUUUCUCCGGCCAAGGUUUCUACAACUACAAAAGAUGCAUCAUCAGCUGCUUCCUCCGCCGCCCCGGCAUCUGCUAGAGGCCCACAGGCACGCAAUGCCCGCACGGCGAAGCAGGAAGGUGAGGAUUCCCUUGCAUUACCGACGGUAUCACGCUUUCUUUCGAACGGCAAUACUCUAAAGCGUGCCGCCAGCCCAACCCCCCAAAGCCAUUCUCAUUCCAAGAAGAAGGUCAAGGAGUCCACAAACGGUGGUGCGCUUGUAGGAACUUUGAAGCCCCAGCUCGUACCUAAUGGCCUUGCGCGUGGUGGCCGCGCUCCAUACCCGCCGUCGCAGCCAGAGCUAGCCACCUUCUGCCCUCACAACAAGGACAAAAACCUCUGUAACAGGAAGACCUGCAAACAUUGGCACCAUGACCAGAUCAAGCAUGCCAAGACGCAAGGCUCUCAGGACUGGAAGUCCAAGAUCAAGUACGAAGUUCUCCGCAAGUUCGAGAAGAAGGAGAUUUCUGCCCAGUACGAAUAUGACAUCGUUUCCUGGCCGCCCAUUAAGCCUGUCUUCGGGAUGCCUUGUCCCCAUGAGGACAAGGGUCAGUCAUGCCUAGAGGGGAAUGACUGUAGGGCUACUCACGAGCGUCAAAUCUACUUCGCAACUACCCCAGGCGCCAACCACUGGAAAGAUGGUAAGGUUAUCGAGAAUGGAAAGCGUAGCCAUAGGGAGGGCAAGGGAGUCGAGGUCCGCCGCAAGAAGCGCGCCUAG